UCUCUUUUCUAUUGGCUCUUUCUCUCCCUGUCAUGAACUUUCCCUUAAACUGAGGUUUCAUUCUCUAACAAGCCAAAACUCAUCACGUUUUAAUACAGUAAGUGAGUGAUGAAUCGUCAGUGAUAUGAAAGAGUAAUCUUAGAGAGAGAGAGAGAGAGAGAGUGUGUGUUUGUGUGUUUGCUGAGUUAGCAUAGCACUAUUCUCACUUCCAUUUAAAUCUGUCACAAUUCAAUCACCAAGGAAAGGAGAAAUAGUGUGAAGGAAGGAAUCAUCACAAUCCACACACACCACUUUCUUCUACAAAACGUCUUUGUUUCAACUCAACUCUCUCUAUAUAAUUUAUCAUCAUUCAUUUAUGCACUUUUCAUGCUUACCCAGAAACACAGAACAAACGAAGUUUUUAUUUUUUUUUCACUGACCCUUUAAUCUUUGAAUCAUAUCACACAUGUUUCUUUUGUUGGGGUGCUGAAAUUUUCACUCUUUUGGUGUUUUUGAUCUUUUCUUUUACACGGGGUUUUAAUGUUUGAUUAUAUGUCCCAGUAAAGGAGGAUAUAUUAGAAGAUACACCAUUUGGUGAAAAUUUGAUUAGUGAGUAUGAUAGGUUUGUUUUGAUCUUGUUUUGUCGUGGAAAGUUAGCUUUUUUAAUGUGAAUGAGGUUUUUUUUUUUUGUUGAGAUUUUGUUAUGUUUGAAGCUACACAAGUAACAAGAUCUUAGAUUUGAAUUUUGAUUUGAAGAGAGUAGAGGGAGAGAAAAAAACAAUGCAGCCUAGAUUGGAGGAAGGAAAAGAUCCUGCUGUCACUAGAGCCACACCUUCUAGACCCUUUCCAUUGAGACUUUUGCGCUUCUUCUUACUCUUUUUGGUUAUUGGUGUUGGUGGUUCUUUUCUUAGCAUGUAUAUGAUUAGGCAUUUUGGUAUUCAUAAUGUGGCUUUUGUACAAUCUUCAUUUAAGCCUUGUUUUCAGAAGCCGGCAAUUAUUGAGAAUUGGUUUAAGCCUCCAUCUAGUUUGUUGCAUACUAUGAAUGAUGUUGAACUAUUUUGGAGAGCUUCUUUUGUUCCAAGGAUCAAAAGUUAUCCUUUUAAAAGAACUCCUAAGAUUGCAUUCAUGUUCUUGACUAAAGGACCUUUGCCAAUGGCACCACUUUGGGAGAAGUUUUUUAAUGGACAUGAGAAGCUUUAUUCCAUUUAUGUUCAUUCACUGCCAUCUUAUAAUGCUGAUUUUUCGCUGUCGUCUGUUUUUUACCAGAGACAGAUCCCAAGCCAGGUGGCAGAGUGGGGAAUGAUGAGUAUGUGUGAUGCUGAAAGAAGACUUCUAGCCAAUGCAUUGCUUGACAUCUCAAAUGAAUGGUUUGUCCUCCUAUCCGAGUCCUGCAUCCCUCUCCAGAACUUCAGCAUUGUAUACCGUUACUUAUCGCGGUCAAGGUAUAGCUUUAUGGGUGCAUUUGAUGAGCCUGGUCCUUAUGGAAGAGGACGCUACAACGAAAACAUGGCACCUGAGAUCAACAUGAGCGACUGGCGUAAAGGGUCUCAAUGGUUUGAAAUUAAUCGAGAACUUGCAGUCAGAAUAGUUGAAGACCAUACUUACUAUCCAAAGCUCAAAGAAUUCUGCACACCACACAAAUGCUAUGUUGAUGAACACUAUUUCCAAACAAUGUUAACCAUUAACACUCCUCAUCUUUUGGCUAAUAGGAGCCUCACUUAUGUUGAUUGGUCAAGAGGCGGUGCUCACCCGGCUACCUUUGGAAAGAAUGACAUCAAAGAGGAAUUCUUUAAGAAAAUUUUGCAGGAUCAGACAUGUCUUUAUAAUAACCAGCCAACUUCACUUUGUUUCUUAUUUGCUAGAAAGUUUGCACCUAAUGCUUUGGAACCUCUUUUAGAUAUAGCACCAAAAGUUCUAGGAAUAUGAAAUAUUCAUGACUUCUGGUUGCAGCAUCCUUGAAGGAGCGUCGUUUCGAGCCUAUUAGUUAGCUAUAUCGGCUAACUCCAUUUUGAUUGUGCGACUCAUUUCCUGCUAUCCUUGUUUUGUGGAAAUUUUGAGUUGCUCCUCCGGCAUUUAGAUGUGUAGGACAUUGAAUUUAAACCACAUUUAUACGUGUAUUAGUCAAACUAUAGACUAGCAUUAUAUUGGAUUAAUCAAAUAAAUGUUUUAGAGCUUUUUUUGGAGUAUGUAUUUCUGCCAUUAAGACAGGUUAUUUUGUCUGGCCAUUUUAUGAUGCCCUUGGUUCGCCUUGCAACUAGAAAGCCAAGGCCAGAGCUAUGAAGCUUACUCAGAAGUCAGAAUUAGUCUUGUUUCCUAUUGUCUGA